AUAUUUUUUUUCCUGGAGAAAUCAAUAAUAAGAAUUGUCUUAUCGUACGGUUAAAGCCAUAAGAAAAUCCUACUAUAGACAGUUCGAUAGUUAACUAACGUAAUAUAAAAGCAUGCUGAUCAUCUCAGUUUGGGGAUAAUCUUCGAUUAAUCCUCCGUUCGAAGCCAUUUAAGCUCGAUGGAUUGGAGGUUUCGCGGAUUUGAAUCACCGCAGAACGUAUAAAAAGUCCAACGAUACGAAAUAAAAUAAAGUGAGAGAUUGAUAGAUCGCAAAAUGUAUAACGGAAGUUUUCAUUGGGAGGCGAGAAUUCUGCCAGCAGGACCACCACGGUUACUGGGAUGGAACGUUCCUGCUGAAGAAUUGGUCCAUAUACCGGAACAUUGGCUGGUCUAUCCCGAGCCCAAUCCCUCCCUUCAUUAUCUGCUAGCUAUUGUGUAUAUUCUUUUCACUUUCGUGGCACUAUUCGGAAAUGGACUAGUUAUAUGGAUAUUCUGCUCAGCUAAAUCGCUGAGAACUCCCUCCAAUUUGUUCGUGGUGAACCUGGCAUUUUGUGAUUUCAUGAUGAUGCUGAAAGCACCGAUAUUUAUAUAUAAUUCCUUCCACACCGGAUUUGCUACGGGUCAUUUGGGAUGUCAGAUAUUUGCUUGUAUGGGAUCGCUCAGUGGAAUUGGAGCUGGCAUGACGAAUGCCGCUAUUGCAUAUGAUAGAUAUAGUACUAUAGCUCGACCACUCGACGGGAAAUUGUCACGCGGCCAAGUGUUGCUCCUUAUCAUGCUUAUUUGGACGUACACGAUUCCUUGGGCCUUGAUGCCACUGAUGCAAGUUUGGGGUCGUUUUGUACCUGAAGGCUUUUUGACGAGCUGCUCUUUCGAUUAUUUGACAGAUUCGCAAGAGAUACGAUACUUCGUGGCCACAAUAUUUACCUUUUCCUAUUGUGUACCAAUGUUGCUCAUCAUAUAUUAUUAUAGUCAAAUCGUCGGCCACGUUGUCAGUCACGAGAAAGCUCUGCGUGAACAAGCGAAGAAAAUGAACGUUGAAAGUCUGAGAAGCAACGUAAAUACGAAUGCUCAAAGCGCGGAAAUACGUAUAGCCAAGGCUGCGAUUACAAUCUGCUUUCUUUUCGUCCUCUCGUGGACUCCAUACGGUGCUCUCGCGAUGAUUGGUGCUUUCGGGAAUAGAGCAUUAUUAACUCCAGGUAUUACGAUGAUACCGGCAUGCGCAUGUAAAUUUGUGGCUUGUUUGGAUCCGUACGUGUACGCCAUAAGCCAUCCUAGAUACAGGCUGGAACUGCAAAAACGAUUACCGUGGUUAGAACUUCAAGAAAAGCCAGUUGCGGAUACCCAGAGCACUACGACUGAAAUGGUGAAUACACCCGCAUCCUAAAUCUUAGUCAAGAAAAUUAUGACAUUGUUGCUAUAGCAUUGAUGACAAAAAAAUAUAAGUUUUGGCAUCGACAGAUGAUAUAAAUUUGGUAAGCGCAAUAUUUAUAAUGGCUAUUGCAACUAUUUCACAUUAUAUACGGGUGAUGAAUAUAUCUGUUAAAAUGAUGUGACAUUUAUCCCUAUAACAACAAAACAUAGUAUGAAAUGUAUAGAAAACAUAGUAUUAAUCAUGUGUAAUCAAACAAUGCAAUAAAUACUUCUAAUAUAUG